AUUACUCUGUCUCCAUUGUUCCGGCGAUGUUCCAACACGCGCCUUCUUCCAUUUCCCUCAUCGUCUUCUUCUUCACCAUUCUAUCACCCGUUUCACCGAACCAAGAACCGGUCACAGUCCAGCCAUUCCGGGUCAAAUCAUCCCCACCCGCAACCAUACCCGCUUUCCCGGAGCAAUCCGAUUUCUCCGGCUGUCCACUCGAUUUACCAGAAGACCUCUUCCACGGCAUCAAAUCAGCUUGCAGCGGUAAAAAGCUCCACAAAGGACGAUGUUGCCCCGUACUUGGCGCGUGGCUCUACUCUGCUUACUCAACCACAGCUCUGAGCCGUUCCAUUUCCGCCGCCGCAAGAAACGCAUCCUCCUCCUCCGCCGCGAUAACGACGCCUGAAGAAGAUAUGCCUUUGCUUCCCGAUGACUCUGAGACUUGCGUUGACGGAUUGGGGAAAUCGCUGAGACAGAGAGGGAUUGAGCUCACGAGACCGAACGAGACGUGCGACGUCGUUUACUGCUACUGUGGAAUAAGAUUGCAUCCGUUGAGCUGCUCCGAGGCUUUUAGAGUGAAUGAAGAAGGGAGACUCGUUGGAGACGAGAGGGUUGAUAGAUUAGAGACUGAUUGUUUAAGUGGAAGCCACAACAAUGCUGAUAGAUACUCACCUCUACUUGGUUGCAACAAGUGCUUGAACAGUCUCUAUAAGGUAAAGUCACUACUUUGCUGCAAUAUUUACCUUUCCGGUAGAAUUUGGUGAUGGGUUCUCAUAGGAUUCACUGUUAGAAGUGACAAUGGAAUUAGGCUGGCUAAAAUAGUAAAAUGUAUGUGCAAAUCUAGUAACUUUAGAGAAUCUAUUGAUACCUUAAUGUGUUGUUGGUGUUUUUUGGUUUGAUUGACUAAUUAAGACAAUUUUUUGGA